UACAAGACGGCAGAAGAAGCGGAGCGGAGUGGACGACGAGUGGUGUAGGAAGAGGGCCGCCCGGAGUCGUGUCAAGCGCGAACGCGGAGCGGAGCGAAGCGGAGCGAAGCGGUGCAGUGCGGAGUACGCGAGAAAGGGCUCUGGCGGAAAAGAAAAGGGAGGAGUUUCGCGGAACGCGCUCCGUAAUCAUCGCCGAGGUCGCUACACCGGCGCGAGUCCGACAGCAAGGUCGACCGCAAAAUAGUCUCAACUGCUAAACGUCCUUGAUCCCUUAACGAAGAAGGGAAGAAGGGAAGAAGAAGAGGAGAGAAGGAGAGAGACGGAGAGGGAAGGCAGACGCGAAGGAGCAGAAAAGGGGAAAAGGGAUAGACCAGAGUGCGUCUCACGCCAGGGGAAUCGAGGCACCGCGCCGCCGAUCGAGGGAAGGUUCGGGACGUUCCUUUUUUUUCUCCCUUUUAUCGCGAGUGCCGUGAGUUUGCUGAUCGUCUCUCUUUCGUUCGUGGUGUCGAACGACUGCUAAUCAUCGGAGUUAUUGACGGGGAUCGCGUCUUCUCUCGACUUGGGAUUAAAUGACAUUUCCAGGGAGUCUACCUUCGAUCGCAAAGUAGAAUCGAGAAUUAUCAUGUUGUCGCAGCGAUUACGCUGGCUGCUACCGGCACUAAUCGUGUCUUGGAUGAGCCUGCAGUUAGGUGCUGCUUUACCGGCUCACAACGAACGUUCGCACGUGCCUGCGAAUACGUUUGAUCCUAGCGCGGCCACGUCAACAAUUGCUCGUCAGGACCACGAUGGACGCGCGCAUCAUCCUCCGAACGACAAAAACGAGACGCAGUCCAGCCAUAAACUGGUCGCUUCCCCGGCCGGACUUUUGCGGCCCGACAAGUUUCAGUUUUAUACUUACGACGACAAGGGCGAUAUGAUUACGCGGCAGAUGACCGCUCAGGAAAUUCAAGGUCUCAUUGCGGCAGGUGGGGCGGAUCACGUUGCGAUGGACAGGCAUGAGCCUCAAAAAGCCGACGAUGUCCUGACGGGCGGCAAAAAGGUCAUGGAUGUGGUACAGAAGGUACAGAACGUACUGAAGAGCGCACUCGAUAAGCCACCGACCUUAACGGGUUCGAUACCGAAGAUUCCGGAACACGCAAACGUCGAGUGGAGCAACAUUCUACCUUCGAUUCUAUCUGGCGAGACUGAUUCAAUCUCCCCGAACAGCCAAUCCAGUCAACCGCCGCUUACGGUGGAAAAGAUAGGAGUUGAAUCGACAUCGAAACAUCCGACGAAGAAGCCGACGAUGCCGGACGUUCAGACGAACGCGUAUGCUGGUUUUACCAAUAACGUGCCGGGGAAACCUUUGCACGGUCAUCAUUCGCAGCAAACGGUGGCAACUGAGAAACCGAUGAUUCCGGUCCCAGUUAUCACCCCGACGGAACAAAAGUUCUCCACGUUGCAUUCCGCCUUUACCGAAAGCCCCAUCUUCCAGAUAAUCAGCGUGAUUCCGGUCGAGAGUGUCAAGAUUAAGGGAGGCCAGACCGAUUCGACUGCAGCUGACACCAGUGCCACGAGUUCGGCGACUACUCACUCGUUCGCUCAGACCGAGGAAAGUCAAACGGAACAAUAUGUUGAAUUACCUCUCUCGAAAGUGCCCGGAGGCACGACGUUUCCGCAGCUGACGAGUUUAGAUAUGUAUCCCGUAAGUAUCACGAAACAGACGACUACGAGUGACAAAGUAAGUCAAGGGAUCGAGGCCUCGGAGACCUAUUCGAUGACCACGCCAGAAAUAUCGACGCAUUCCUCUGCCACAAAGCAGACCGUAACGCACGGCGGGUCCAGCGAGUGGACGACCGACAAGAUCUCUCCAUCAAAUGCGAGUUACAUUCUUGUACAGAGCAAGAACGAUACGAAGGUAUCCGACGGUUCUUCAUUCGCGUCUAGCGUAACGAAAGGCUCUCAAGCGAACAACGAUGAUAAAAUAAUCCCACAAAAAAAUACCCUCGUCACCCUAGUGCCGAUUUCUCACGCGUCUCCGAAACCCGAGGAAACGUCUGACGAAAUCGCGCCGCAUUCGCCGUCUACGCCUGCUUCCGUUACGAGAAUCAAGGUCCCGACGUUUUUGCUUCCAUACACCAUCCCGAAUGAUUAUCCUGACAAUGACUUCUCAACAGUUACGAAAGAAUUAUCGAGCCCGGUCACACCAACAUACGGGGAGAAUUAUCUUAAUCCUCUGCCGACCGAGAUUCAAUCAUUAGCGUCGUUAGAACCGUUACCCACUCAGUUAAUCGACUCUUUCUCUAGUGUAAUAAAUCAAGUUUCGGAAGUGAAACCACCUAUCUUGCCUCUCUCGCCCCCCUCGAACGAAAUGACGCCGGAGAUACCCAUCGUGAAUAUUAAUUACGAUCAAAGGCGUAACGUGACCGAGAUUAACAGGGAGAAUGUCAAACCUAUCGUUAAUGCGCAAACCUACGUAACCGUUACUACAGAAAUACCAUCGCAAAAGACCACUGCUGAGCUCAUUGACUACUCCAUUACUUAUCGGCCUCUCAACGCGGUGGAUUCAGAAUCGAGCGAAACGAUCGGCGUUUCCAUGAAUUCCCGGAUCACGGCGACGGCGUCGACAACCUCGACUAAGAUCGGAACAACGAGCAACAGAGUAACGACCAAUAAUGUAGCCACGACGCCAGCUGGACUCAAAUCGACUAGUGCAACGAUUUCAGGAUCGACGGCAUUCUCACCCGUGCAGCUUCAGUUUGAGAAAACACAAGCUACAGUUGCAGCUUUGCCGGCGAGACAAACUGAAAGACCUGCGGCUGCCGAAAGUACCGCUAAUAGAGUCGCACCGUCCAAAAAGAUCCCUACUUCAAUAGCGCCUGACGCAAUCAAAACGCAAUCGACAACCGCAUCGAUCGAUACAAAUCCAUCUUCGAAUAAGCCUACAACCAACAAACAUUUCGACAACACUCUCGCGAGCUUGAACUUGAGCGAUCCGGUGUCCGCGAUCAAUCAGGUAUUGAGCAUCGCGCCCUUGCCGUCUAGUAUUCCCGCGAUCCAACCGAUCGAUUUACCCAAGAACAUGUCGAAUUUCGUAGCUAGCGGUUUAGCGAGUGGUCUCAUCGCUGGAUUUAGUACAUCAGAAAUUUCGACUGUCGAGAAAAUUAGUAACGGUGAAACGGCUAAGAACGCAUCAGACGAACACACGAAGCUUACUCAAGAAUCUAUCGAAAAUGUCACUAAAAUAUAUGAGAAGAUUGUGGGACCUAAUCUGAACGAUCAGAAGGAAAGAAACGUUACGCAAUCAACGCAAGAGACCUUAACGAACCCAGCUCGAAACGGUACCUUAAUUUAUAAUACAUUAAUGCAGACGAAAAAGUCAAAUGAUACUUUGAAACCAAUCAAAUUGUCAAGUAGUAACGAGAGAACCGACGACGGAGGUUUUACAAAAGCACCUUUAUCACCCCCGGCAAAUAAGUUCACAAAUGUCAACGAGGAAUUAAAAAGUAAUAUUAGACCGAACGCGACAACCGUGGGAAUUAUUACUGUAAAUCCCGAACAGACGACAACAGCGACGGAUGUCAGUAUUCGAUCGCCAAGCGUCAAUAAAACGGCACUUGGUACAAGUAACCAGAAGAAAGCGGAAAUCAAGGAAAAGGUAAAAACGACGGAAGCACCCAUUGUAAAGGCAGAUUCAAGUCCCGAAUCAUUCGUGAAAGUCGCGAAUAAUACCAAAAAUUCGGGACACAUGGAGAGCAGCUCAAAAAUAGAAGCAUUAGGCGAAAAAAACAGCUCCUUUGCUUCGAUUCAUUCCGUUGAUUCUAUCUCCAAAUUAAGCUCACAGGCGUAUAAUAACGUUACAACUGACAUUUCUGUUUCGAAUGUUACCUCUGACGAUGCUAUCGCAUCAAACAAAAGUUCUACCGAUCCAGCGUUUUCGCAGAACCCAAAUCGCGUUACCAGUACAGCUAGUUAUAAAGACAAAGAUAAUACCCAGAAUAAAAAAGAUAAUAAUAAUAAUUUUACUCUUCUAUCGAGCCAAGAACCGACGGAUAAUGCAAGCGGGAACAAAGAGGCUAUAUCUCGGCCGGGCAAUAAUACGUCAAAUCAGAAUGACAAAAAUGUGGCAUCAACGGUCAACGUUGCGUCAAUAAAGAACGAGGAACAUUCGAAUAACACGGAAAGCAAGAUCGCGUCUUUGAAGCAUUCCGAGAGUUUGCCGAAGCCGGACGUGAUACAUUUGCAAACGUCGACGCCGCCAUCGAGUGUUCCGGUUCGUCAAACAUCGAUGCCUCCGACUGUUCCCAAACCAUUGGAAAAAUCCGAGGUCACGAAGACUGACGUAGACGUAAAUGUGGAGGACAAAUGGACGCUUAUAUCGCAACAGGCCUCAUCGAAACUUCCAAAGCCACCAAAACCGCCGAAGCCAUUGAGAAAACCAGGCAAUGCUCAAACGUCGUCGUCAUUGUUACCACCGUCUUCCAACUCGAAUGAGAACGUUCGUUCUCCAGGUGCCGAAGCGGCGGCACAUCAGCAAGAACAGCAGCAGUUCUCGACACAGUCUUUCCUACCUUUGGACGCGUCUCAAAGCGCAAUCGGCUUAGACGUCACUAUAAGACACACAAGCACCGAUAUUGUAAACUUCGCUAAACUAUGCAACGAAUUGGCAUUCAAUUUCUGGGUGUCCACUAAUAAAGGUCUGAGCACUGCGAGGUCGCUGGCAUUAUCGCCUUUCGGCAUGACCAGUUUAUUAGCAAUGAUCUUCCUUGGUGCUCGCGGUCCAACGUCCGAUCAGAUGAACGAGGUACUGGGUCUGGAUGACGUGGCCACGUUCAAUCCGCACUUGGUUUUCCAGAACAUAACAGACGCGGUGGGUCUAGCCCGUGGCCAGGGCAUCGCGAAUGCCGCCUUCGUCCGCGAGCUGUUCGCCGACAAGAUGAAGGUCAGAAAACUCAUGCCCUUUUACAAGGAGCAGGCCCAGCAAUUCUACGAGGGGCUCGUGACCGAGGUAAACUUUGCUACCAUUAGCGAUCUCGUGCGAAGAAGAACGAAUUUGCUGGUCAGGAAGCAGACCGGUGGCAGAAUCAAAGACUUUGUCAAGACGAACACGGUGCCGCUUAGAUCACCUUUAGCGGCGCUCUCUGCCAACGUGUUCCAGACCGAUUGUAACAGUAGCCUGACCAGUUCCAUCGGCAGAGACGGCGAGCUAUACUUUGCCGUCUCGCCGGCUGUUAGACAAAGGAAACUCGUACCUGUCCCGGCUACGACUUGGCGAUCGGGUGUCUUGGCCGGUUAUGAGCCUAGCAUCGAUGCUACGGCGGUCGCUCUCGGAGGUAGCGACAAAUUAGUUUCAACGAUCUUCGUGUUACCGGGUCAGCAGGGUCACACCGCACCCGGCGACACUCUGGAUCGUCUCGAGCAGCGCCUGGUCAGAAGCGCGUUCCGCGACGGUGCUUGGAACAAGCUCCUCAAGGUUCUAAUACCGAGACACGGUCUCGAGCUGCAGGUGCCCAAGUUCAGUCACAGGUCUGUGGUCAACGCGACCGCCGCUUUGAAGAGGAUGGGCCUCGACGAACUGUUCUCGGGUAACGCUGAUUUCAAGGGUAUCAAUGGCGUAGGUCAUCGUCUUCAUUUAGCCGACGUAUUACAGAUGAAUUUAUUCAGCACUUGUGGCGACGAAAAUAUUCUUAACGGCCGGCAUCACGUAGAAACGUAUCCCGCGAGUCCAUUAAGAAGAAGCAUAGGACGACGAAUGGAGGAUGAUAAUUUCGGUAACAUCGCUGAGGAGGAUACGCCGAGAUACGGCGUGUUGCCACAAGAGGACAGUAUCGAUUCUUACGCAGAGCAAUCGCGCACGGUUCUCUAUGGAUUUUACAGAGAGGAAAGACAAAUCUCCGGAUCGUUGGAGAGACCGAGAUUAAAGCUCGACAGGCCCUUCUUAUAUUUCGUGCGGCACAAUCCUUCCGGUAUAAUACUUCACAUGGGACGUUUCAAUCCGCGAUUGCUGCCCUAAACAAAGAUCUACCAUCUUCCUCCGAAUGCCAUUAAUUCGAUCCUGUUCCUUCUAUUCGACAUCUACAACCACGGAAUUUUUCUACUAUCGAGACGAACAACCGAUUCUCGAUACAGUUGCUCAAACGACUCGUUUUCUGUAUUAGUCGAGCGAUCCAACGCAACGUGACGCGACGCGACGUCGCGUGCGGCCUAUACUCUUUCUGAACAACGAAGGUAGGACGUGUACUUGGCAUGUUCUAGAAAAUUUGUAAACAAUUUUGCUUAGAGUUAUUAUGUAUUAGUUUCUUCAUCGUCUUCACUUAGAGAAUAAGAAAUUAGUGCGAUAUCUCGCGAUACCGUUCGCGGCACGUCAAUAUAGGUCGAAUGAACCCACGGUAUUGACAUGAAUCUUAUCAUUUUAUGGUAUAUUUAGGGAGUGGUUAAAAGCAUAAAAGUAACAGACUGAAGAACGGAGAAAAGAAAGACGGUACAAAAGAGAAAGAUCUUAAUCGCGGUCCAAAUGAUCAUCAUCAUCAUCAUUAUCACUAUUAUCUUUCUUUUUUUAUGUACGAGUAAAAUACGACGAUUAACGCGAUCCCCGACGAAUAUUAAACGCAAACUUUUAUCGAGUGUCAAUAAUCUAUUUGGACCCUGAUUGACAUUAUACGCAUCCUUUUUAACACGAUCAACAUUGUGAUAUGUAACUGUGCGUUGAAUUUUUUUUUGUACAUUUCGUAGAAUUAAUCUAUUACGCGUUCAUUUCAUACGCACGCACAUUGUAUAUGAAAAAUAUUUCAAUGUACUUUCUUAACGAAGACUUAAUGUCAAACGAAUGACGCGUUUGAAUAAAAGCAACAUCUCU